AUGUCGCUGAACGAUACUGAUGUUCAGAAGCAGAUCCAACGGUUAGUUGCUUUUAUUGACCAAGAGGCGAAUGCCAAAGUGGAGGAGAUUGAUGCUAAAGCGGAGGAGGAGUUUCAAAUCGAGAAGUCUCGCUUAGUACAAAACCAGCGUCUUAAAAUCAUGGAAUUUUACACAAAGAAGGAAAAUCAACUUGAAUUAGCUAAGAAAAUUCAGGACUCCAACUUAAUGCACCAAGCUCGCCUCAAAGUUCUUCACAAUCGGGAGCGGUUCAUCGAAGAACUUAUUCAAGAGGCACGGAAACGUCUCUAUGCAAUAACGAAGGAUACUGAUAAAUACAGGGUUACUUUGGGUGGACUUAUUACUCAGGGUCUUCUCCAGCUUGUCGAACCAGAGGCAACGAUCAAGUGCAGGGCUGAAGACUACGACCUUGUUAAGUCCCUUGUACCGGCAUCGGUUAAGGAGGUGAAGAGACAGGCUGGAAUUGAUUGCAACGUAACUGUUGACAGCACAAAUUUUUUGCCACAAGACGGUUGUGGUGGCAUUGAGAUCUAUGUACGUCAGGGUCGCAUCUGUGUGAACAACACCUUGGACGCGCGCCUAGACCAAGUGGCCGAGAAGAUGAUGCCGCAGAUCCGUGAACAGCUGUUUGGCGUUAACAAGAACCGCAAAUUCCAUACCUAG